AUGUUUAGACAAGCCCUGCUAAAGGGCGUCCGGGGCGCACGUCGUGUCCCAGGACGGCCCUUGAUGCAGAAACCUGCCUUGUUCCGAUGCUACGCCACGAGCACGAGCAGCGCGCAGGCCAACGACAACUUCCUGACGGGAGCCACCGCCAACUAUGUCGACGAGAUGUACAUGCGCUGGAAGAAAGACCCGGAGAGCGUACACGCCUCUUGGCAGGUAUACUUCAACAACAUGGAGGGCGGCGAGAUGCCCAUUUCGCAGGCCUUCCAGCCGCCCCCUAACCUGGUCCCUGGUAUGACUGGCACCCGUCUCUCGGGAGGUCUCGCUCUCGACGACGGCUCCGACGUCACCAACCAUCUCAAGGUUCAACUCCUCGUCCGCGCAUACCAGUCCCGCGGUCACCACAAGGCCAACAUCGACCCUCUCGGUAUUCGCACAACGGCCGCCGGCUUCGGCAACAUCAAGCCGAAAGAGUUGACCCUCGAGCACUACCAGUUCACCGAAAAGGACCUUGACAAGGAGUACACCCUCGGUCCCGGUAUUCUCCCUCGCUUCAAGCGCGAUGGCCGUGAGAAGAUGACCCUUCGUGAAAUCGUCGAUGCUUGCGAAAAGAUUUACUGCGGCUCCUAUGGCGCCGAGUUCAUCCACAUUCCCGAUCGUGAGAAGUGCGACUGGCUGCGCGAGCGCCUCGAGGUACCCCAGCCUUUCAAAUACUCAAUCGACGAGAAGCGACGCAUCCUCGACCGUCUCAUCUGGAGCUCCAGCUUCGAGUCAUUUUUAGCCACUAAGUACCCCAACGAUAAGCGUUUCGGUCUUGAGGGAUGCGAGACUCUGGUUCCCGGUAUGAAAGCCCUGAUUGACCGCAGUGUCGACUAUGGUGUCAAGGACAUCGUCAUCGGCAUGCCCCAUCGGGGUCGUCUCAACGUUCUCAGCAACGUCGUGCGCAAGCCCAACGAGUCCAUUUUCUCUGAGUUUGCGGGUACUGGCGGCGCCGAGGAGGAGGGUUCCGGCGAUGUCAAAUACCACUUGGGCAUGAACUUUGAGCGUCCCACACCUUCUGGCAAGCGUGUGCAGCUCUCUCUGGUCGCCAACCCAUCGCAUCUGGAGGCCGAGGACCCCGUUGUGCUGGGCAAGACCCGUGCCAUCCAGCACUACAACAACGACGAGAAGUCUCACCGCACUGCCAUGAGCGUUCUCCUCCAUGGUGACGCCGCAUUCGCUGCCCAGGGCAUCGUCUAUGAGUGUCUUGGUUUCCACUCCCUUCCCGCUUUCUCGACCGGCGGCACGAUCCAUCUUGUUGUCAACAACCAGAUUGGUUUCACGACCGACCCCCGUUUCGCCCGAUCGACCGCAUACUGUACCGAUAUCGCCAAGGCAAUCGACGCGCCUGUGUUCCACGUCAAUGCCGACGACGUCGAGGCCGUCAACCAUGUCUGCCAAUUGGCGGCUGACUGGCGUGCCGAGUUCCAGACUGACGUGGUCAUUGACAUGGUCUGCUACCGCAAGCACGGCCACAACGAGACUGACCAGCCUUCCUUCACCCAGCCUCUCAUGUACAAGCGCAUUGCCGAGAAGUCACCCCAAAUCGACACCUAUGUCGAGAAGUUGCUCGAGGACGGCAGCUUCUCCAAGGGCGACAUUGAGGAACACAAGCAAUGGGUCUGGGGCAUGCUGGAGGAGAGCUUCACCAAGUCUAAAGAUUACCAGCCUACCUCUAAGGAGUGGACGACAUCCGCCUGGAACGGCUUCAAGUCGCCCAAGGAGCUCGCGACCGAGAUCCUGCCUCACAACGACACCAACGUGGAUAAGCAGACUCUGACACACGUUGGCGAGGUCAUUGGCUCUGCCCCCGAGGACUUCCACAUUCACCGCAACCUGAAGCGUAUCUUGAACAACCGCACAAAGGCUGUCAAGGAAGGCAAGAACAUUGACUUCCCCACUGCGGAAGCCCUCGCCUUUGGCACCCUUGUUAACGAAGGCUACCAUGUCCGCGUGUCUGGCCAGGACGUCGAGCGUGGUACCUUUUCCCAGCGUCACGCCGUCUUCCAUGACCAAGAGAGCGAGGAGACGUACACUCCUCUCCAGCACGUCAACAAGGACCAGGGCAAAUUCGUCAUCUCCAACUCGUCGCUGAGUGAGUUUGGUGCCCUCGGCUUCGAGUAUGGUUACUCGCUGUCGUCGCCCAAUGCUCUGGUCAUGUGGGAGGCGCAGUUUGGUGACUUUGCCAAUAAUGCGCAAUGUAUCAUUGACCAGUUCCUUGCCUCUGGUGAGUCCAAGUGGAUGCAGCGUACUGGCCUGGUCAUGUCGCUGCCUCACGGUUACGACGGCCAAGGCCCCGAGCAUUCGUCAGGUCGCCUGGAGCGUUAUCUCCAGCUGUCCAACGAGGACCCUCGCGUCUUCCCCUCCAAGGACGACAUCAACCGUCAACACCAGGACUGCAACAUGCAGAUUGUGUACAUGACUGAGCCCGCCAACUUGUUCCACGCGCUGCGUCGCCAGAUGCACCGCCAGUUCCGCAAACCCCUCAUCAUCUUCUUCUCAAAGUCGCUGCUGCGUCACCCCCUUGCCCGUUCCAGCAUUGAGGACUUCACCGGCAAGGACGCUGGCUUCCGCACCCUGAUUGCGGAUCCCGAGCACGAAAAUGGCGGUAUCAAGGCUCCUGAGGAGAUUGAGCGUGUCAUCCUUUGCUCCGGCCAGGUCUACGCUGCUCUGCACAAGUACCGCGCCGAGAACAAGAUUGACGAUGUCGCUAUCACCCGUCUGGAACAGCUAAACCCCUUCCCGUGGCAACAACUGAAGGAGAACCUGGACACCUACCCCAACGCCAAGACGGUUGUCUGGGCUCAGGAAGAACCCUUAAACGCCGGUGCCUGGAGCUUCACCCAGCCUCGUAUCGAGACCCUGCUCAACAACACCGAGCACCACGACCGGAAGCACGUUAUGUACGCCGGCCGCAACCCCAGCGCAUCGGUGGCGACCGGUCUGAAGAGUGUGCACGCCAAGGAGGAGCAAGAACUGCUCGAUAUGGCGUUCACCGUCAAGCAGGACAAGCUCAAGGGCGAGUAA